AUGUAUGUGGAUCCUCAAAGGAACAACAGAGUUCGGAAUUUGAGUCUCCCAACCGUGCAAAAGAGAGAGGAGAUCAUGAGUGGACACGAGAGUGGGAACAGCAAGUGUAGCGGCGAGCAGCAGCACGAACAUCUUACGUUGAAGAAGCUGACUGAACAAAUACGAGAGGCAGAGAAAAACAGGGAGGCACAUAAUAAGGAGCAUUCGGAGGCUGGGACGGAGGGGGUGCUGCAGAAGAAAGCUGCGGAUCCAAUUAUGCGUGGGAGGCCCACUUCGGGGAAAUACUGCUUGAACGACUUCCAAAUAUUGCGAACUUUAGGGACAGGCUCCUUCGGCAGGGUUCAUCUGGUGCGUUCUAAUCACAACGGCCGUUUCUAUGCUUUGAAAGUACUGAAGAAACGCACUAUCGUGAAACUGAAGCAGGUGGAACACACGAACGACGAGCGGAGAAUGCUUUCUAUUGUAUCUCACCCGUUUCUGAUCCGUAUGUGGGGAACGUUCCAGGACUCGGAGCAAGUGUUCAUGGUAAUGGACUAUAUCGAGGGCGGAGAGCUUUUUUCUCUGUUGCGUAAGAGCCAAAGGUUUCCGAACCCGGUAGCGAAGUUCUAUGCGGCGGAAGUGUGCCUGGCUCUGGAGUACUUGCAUGCCAACGAUAUCAUAUAUCGAGAUUUGAAACCGGAGAAUAUAUUGCUUGACAGAAACGGCCACAUUAAGAUUACCGAUUUUGGAUUCGCAAAAUAUGUGCCGGACGUCACAUACACCUUGUGCGGCACGCCGGACUACAUCGCCCCGGAAGUAAUAAGCACGAAGCCUUACAACAAGUCAGUAGAUUGGUGGAGUUUUGGGAUAUACAUAUAUGAGAUGCUGGCGGGAUACACGCCCUUCUACGAUGCUAAUGCCAUGAAGACUUACGAAAACAUCUUAAACGCCGAACUAAAGUUCCCGCCGUUCUUCAACCACGACGCUCAAGACCUGCUUUCCAAGUUGAUAGAGAGGGACCUGAGUAAGAGACUGGGAAACCUACAGAACGGGUCCGCCGACGUCAAGAACCACCCGUGGUUCAGUGAAGUCGUAUGGGAGAAAUUGUUGUCCAGAAACAUAGAGACGCCCUACGAGCCACCAAUUCAACAGGGACAGGGUGACACCUCGCAGUUUGACAGGUAUCCUGAGGAGGAAAUCAACUACGGAGUGCAGGGUGAAGAUCCGUAUUGCGACCUCUUCAAGGAGUUUUAG